AUGGGCUAUCUGAUUGCGACUGGGGCGCUGGUGCUCCUUUUAUACGCUCGACGGACGCUGUGUCAAUGCACCGAUACCGUACCCCCCUCGACGACUGUCACGGUGUACCAGGUGGCGCUGAACUCGGUUAAUACUUUCUCAAUCCUGACGGUGCCCAGCUCGGCGACGGCCGCCUAUCAGUCGCAGGGCUACACGCUGAUGUACAGCCUGAACUGCGUGGCGUCGCCGGGAUCUUGCGGGGCGACGAUUCCGCUAUAUGCCUAUGAGAAUACGCAGAUAUCAGAUCAAUAUGUCAACACGGACUAUGGCUCGGACGCCCCGCAAGCCAACGGCUACCAGCCGGCCUUGAUGGCGUCCGUGCUCUGCUACUUAUUCCAGCCACCGACCACAACGACCUCGACCACUACCACCACCACAAAUACCCCCUACACUGGACCGUCGACGACGACCACGGCAUAUACCGGAUCCACAACUACGACCCAGUCAACAACGACGAAUACGGCCAGUGCGACGACUGGGACGACUACGUUGUACACCGGUCCCAGCACGACUGCCACGUCGACUACGACCGGCUCGACGACGUCGUACACCGGUCCCACAACUACGACAGGCUCUACGACGUCAUAUACCGGCUCAACAACGUCGUACACCGGUCCCACAAGUACGACGGCAUCGACAACACCUUACACCGGGCCCUCAACAACAACAGCCUCGACUACGCCGUAUACCGGUCCCACAACCACGCCGGCCCCAACUACACCCUACACUGGUCCAUCGACUACUGCCGCCGAAACCUCGCCAUACACCGGACCGUCGACAACAGCCAAAUCUACCGUCGACAAGAUCAAGGACAAGGCGUCGAGUAUCGGCUGGCCGCUAAUCAUCGCUGGCGUGUUGAUAGCAGCUUUCUUGGUGGUAGCUGUGAUAGCCACCGGUACCUGGUUCUUCAUCCGGGGUGGCAGCAAAGCCACGCCGACCUCGAAUGCAUAUGCUAAUCAGGCACACGCCUACAAACAAGCGCACGCCGAUUUACCACCCCAACCGGUGCAUGCAGCGAAUGCGGGGGUUGGCAUGCAAAAUUUCGGCCCAACGUGGACGCAGCCGCACUCGAUGUAUUAU